AUGUCUAUGUCAAAGUCGUCCUAUACGCAGUACAACAGGAAGAACUGGGAAGAUGCGGAUUUUCCUAUAUUGUGUCAAACAUGUCUUGGAAGCAAUCCAUAUUUGAGAAUGAUGAAGGACAAAUUUGGCAAGGAAUGUAAGAUAUGUGAGCGACCGUUCACUAAUUUCCGAUGGCAACCAGGAAAGGGUGCACGCUACAAGAGCACCGAACUAUGUCAAACCUGUGCCAAAGUGAAGAAUGUGUGCCAAACGUGCAUGUUCGAUCUGGAGUACGGUUUGCCUGUGCAAGUUCGUGAUGCAGCUCUUCAAAUCGCUGAUAAUAUCCCUCGCCUCGCCUUUAAAAUUAGUACAUCUCAGGUUCCUGUGCAACUCCAUACUACAAGAGAAAUGCGCCUCAUAUUUGUUCGUUCUAUGUCAAAGGUGAAUGUAAAAGAGGAGAGGAGUGCCCGUAUCGCCACGAAAAGCCAUCAGAUCCUGAUGAUCCGUUAUCUACGCAAGAAUAUAAGAGAUCGGUAUUAUGGAAGUAAUGAUCCUGUAGCAGAGAAGAUUCUGAACAGAGCUAAGGCCAUGCCAGCGCUGGAACCUCCAGCAGAUACUACCAUUACUACGUUAUACGUUGGUAAUCUUGGACCAGCCGGGCAGAUUACGCAAAAGGAUUUGAAUGACUAUUUUUAUCAAUUUGGAGACAUUCGAAGUUUGCGCUUACUCGAGGCGAAAUCAUGUGCAUUUAUACAAUUUACCACUCGAGAAUCAUGUGAAAUGGCUGCUGAAAGAUCGUUCAAUAAGUUAAUCCUCAAGGGCCGUCGUAUAGUCAUUCGAUGGGGACAACCACAAUCGCAGAAAGCCGAUGAGCAACGGACUAUUAAUCCCGUGCCGUCAUUACCGAAUCCGUGCCCGGUUCCUGAAGAUUUGGCACCAUCUAGUUCUAAGCGUCAACGUCUCGAUCCGCUGAACAUCCCUCUUCCACCCUUACCUCCUACCAUUUGCAGCUCCUACAAAGCUUGUUGUUCCACCAUCACGGCCUCCGACAGGUACGUCUACAUCUACAAGCAGGAUCCAGUACAGAAAGCGCUGGCAGUUCUGCUCGUACAAGCAGCAUAUACUAUCCGAGUCAAGAUCCGCAACGUUUGGAUGGUGUAUCCUGCAUCUGUCUUCAUUACUGGGGCUAAUAGAGGCAUUGGAUUAGGAUUGGUUCGUGAAUUUUUGAAGGUUCCGGCCGUGAAGCAUGUGAUUGCUGGCGCAAGGAAUCCAGAUAAUGCUGAGGAGCUGAAUGCAAUUACCGAUAAGCGACUGAGUAUCGUCAAAAUUGAUAUCGAUUGUGAUCAGUCCAUCAAAGACGCAUACAAGCAGGUAGAGGCCGUAGUUGGUGAGAGCGGGCUAAAUGUGCUGUUGAACAAUGCGGCCAUCUUGCCGCCUUAUUUUACAAAUGGAGCCAUCUGUCGGGAUACCUUAAUGAAGUGUGUUAAUACCAAUGUUCUAGGAACCGCCAUCGUCAGUCAGACUUUUUUGCCGUUGCUCCGUAAAGCGUCCUCUCACGGUGAAGGAGACCAUUGGGGAAUUGACCGUGCUGCUAUUGUGAAUAUUUCUAGUUUCUGGGCGUCUAUAAAGGGGAAUGAAGACGGUUCUGGCGAGCUCGGUUCUCUUCGCAUACAAGAUCAGCAAGGUGAGUUGUUUUCUAUAAAAGGAGUAAUAGUGUAG